UAAAAGAGUUUUAAAUUCUUUUAAUUUACUGUAUAAAUCUUUUUAUCCUGCAGUUUUUGCUUUGUCUAAGUAUUGAUUGAGAACACAGUCAAUAUGAAUGGUGAGGACGACGUUCUGACCGCGGACCAAUUGGAAAUAUUCAGGGAAGCUUUUGCAAUAUUUGAUAAAGACGGCGAUGGAACAAUUACAACUAAGGAAUUGGGAACCGUCAUGCGUAAUAUUGGUCAGAAUCCCUCAGAAGCUGAACUGCAGGAUAUGAUCAACGAAGCUGAUGCUGACGGUAAUGGAACUAUUGAAUUUGAUGAAUUCUUAGAUAUGAUGGUGCAAAAAAUGAAGGCGAAUGAUGGUGAACAUGAAAUUCGUAGAACAUACCGUGUCUUUGAUAAAGAUGACAAUGGUUUCAUAGCGCCUGCUGAGCUUAGACAUGUAAUGAUUAAUUUGGGUAAAAAGUUAGACGAUGAUGAGGUAGAAGAGAUGAUGCACGAAGCUGAUGCAAAUGGUGAUGGAUUUAUAGACUAUGAAGAAUUCGUUACCUUGAUGACUAAAACUUUAUAAAAUUCUGCAUAUAUCUGGUUGCAAAUAACAAGUUAAAUAGUUAAAAUAUAUUUUUCAACAGUUUUUAAAUUGAA